CGUUUUUGUGAUUCUGUCCGAUUCUGUCUAGAGAAAAUGUUUUUCUUUCAAAAUUCGUAGUAUUUAAUAUUAAUUUUCAUCAAGUUUUUAAAUAGUAUUUCAAUGUUUGUUUUUUUAUUUAAAAAAUAGAAAAAAAUGGAUUUUAAAACUUCUUUCGAUGAGGAACAAUUAUACAUGUUUGAAUUUCUUAUUGAUCAAAUUAAUUUAACAAAUAAUGCGAAAAAAUUAAUUGGAAAAAUACCGAUUUGUGUUCGUUUAAAAUUUCUAGACUAUCCAAUAAUCACUUUAAUUCCAGAAGAAGAGGAAUUAAUUCCAGAAGGGAAGAAAAUUAAGAAAAAAAAGAAAUCUUCGCAAAAAUUGAAAAAUGAAAAAUCAAUAUCCACUGCUGUUAAUUUCGAUAUUGGAAAAUCGUGUCUGUUUUCAAAAAAUCCGUUUGAUUUGAUUCAAGCAUUACGUUCAGAACCUUUGGAAGUUGGGAUUUUUACGAUGGAAAAAGAAAGACUAUUAGAAGAGGAAAAUGACGAAAAAAAAGAAUUUCCAAUCUGUCAGGCUAAAGUAUUAUUAUCAGGUUGCCUUUGCGAUCAAGUGAUGAUGGCCCUGAAUGAUAGAAAUCAUCUUCCUAAACCUUACGUCUUGAAAAAUACCUACAAUCUCGCUGAUGAUGAAGGAAAUCCUUUUGGAACAAUCACUCUAUUUUUACGAUUAUCCUGUUGUGGGAAAACAAUCGAAACUCAAUUUGCCUUGCAGGAAAAUUCCUUUCUUUUCAAAAAUACAAAAUCUAACAACGAAUUUCAAUGUUCUAAUUUUUCUAAAGUUACUUCAGGAUCUAAAGAACAAGAGUUUGCAAAGACGAUGGAAAAGUACAAAGGAGGAAAAAUUAGUGGACAAAGAUCUAUUGAUCAAUUUUCUUCCAUCGAAAUUGGGGAAGAGAAUUCAAAAAGUGGUGACGAUAAUUCUCGAACUGAAUUAAAAGAAUUAUUCAGAACACAAUGCAACGGGUUUAAUGAAAAACAAGUUGAAUAUUGUUCCAAUUCUUCGACGAGACAGCAAAUUUGUGGCGGAGGUCUUUGUUUGGGAACAAAAUUAUUGAAUGAGGAGAUUUCAAAAAAUUGUCACGUUGAUUGUCCGAAAAGUCCGUUUUCACGAUUAAGAGGCGGAGGUUGCUGCGCAAAUAACGCAAGAGAAAAGCAGCAGCGGCAGGGAAUGACGAAUAAUCAAAUUAAUACAAAUUUGUCAUGCAAAAAAUAUCCGGAGGGAAAAUCGUCAAUGGAAACAUUAACAUCAGGCGCUUGUAAAUCAAUUUGGAAAAAUAGUAUUACCCCGAAGAGAACCGGAUGCGGAUGUUAUGGAAAAGGAAAAUUGAAUGCAAAUGGAACUUGCUCCAAAAUGCCGUGUACGGGAGCCGAUUGUUUUAUCAGAGCCUUUAGAGAAACGCAAGAAUUUGUUGAUUCACUGGGCAAAAUUCCUGGAUUAGCAGGUUUGGGACUUAUGGAUCCUACCGAAAAUCCGAUUUUCGGAAGACAAGAAGACGACGCUGACACUUGUCAACCAAAGAGUAAAAAAUCCUACGAUCUCAUUCGAUCUUCUGAUCCCAGAACGUCACUUACUUCAGGUCCUUAUACAAAAAACAAAAAGCUUGGAGAAAAUAAAUCCAAGGACAUGAUAGAGACGAAACCAUUGCCUUUUAAUUUAGCGAGAAUUCAAUCGGAGGAGGCAAGAAUUAAUAGACAAAUUAGGGCUAAUCGCAAAGUGAAAAAAAAUGAUAAUGAAAAAAAGAAACUCCAAUACACGGCUCCGGAAAUAAAUGAAGAAGCAAAGAAAAUCGAAGGCGGUCCUUGCGGUGAUGCCGAUUGUAAAUCAAGAAGGAAAAAAUCUGAAAAUCCAGAGAAAAAUUCCACACCGAAUACUGAAACACCGAAAAAUGAAAAAGUUGCUAUUAACGAAAAUCCAAAUGCGACCAAGUCGAAAACUUCCCUUAAAAGUGAACAUAAAAAUCAAAAAAUUAAAAAACGGAAAAAGUCUUCUCUCCAAACACGAAACUCUGAAACAUCAAACUUACAUCCAAUAAAAGUGAGUAAAAAUCUAAUGAAAGAAGUUCGUUCGAUACAAGAACGAAAUUCGAACGUCUAUGGUCAUAAAAAUUGUCUGGAUUUAAAAUUACGAGUGCCAAAAAAUAUGGGCUGGCUGUGGAAUUCAAGGAACGUUUCCGGAAGACCUCCGCCACGAAUCGGAUGGAAACCGGGAGCAAUCGAUAGAUAUGUCUACUAUCUUAUGAAAAAGGCGAAGGAAAAAUAUCAGGAAUCAGAGGAGGAGGAUAGACCGCCAACGCCGGUGAAAGUGAGAAAAGUAAACGUGCCAGGACAACCAAGUUUUCAAGCAUUCCCCAGACAUCAUCGACGUGCAAAGAAAGAGGAAUCAAAACAAGAUAUCGAAUUACCGCCAACACUUCAUAUUCAUAGGAAAAAUGGAACUUACUACAUAACAAUGUAUCCGAUUAAAGCACAAAAUAUCGCUAAUCCAGAAGCACAGAAAUUGGUGAAACCUCUUCAAUUUAAGGUGACGAAAAAUAAAAAUGACGAUAGUUCAUCAUUAUCAUCAACCUCAGUUUCCGAUAUGGAAAUUGAAUUCUCACCACCGGCAAUUGUCGGUCGUCCUUCGGCGAAACCAGAAACGAAAACAGUUGGAACACAAUUGAAGCAGCAGGAAAUUUUUGACGCUUAUAAAUCGCCAAAUUUACAGACUGUUAAAAUUAAAAAGUAAAUUUGUUUUCAUAACUGAAGGAAAAAGAUUUAUUUUCUUAAAUUAGGAAUAAUUUACAGAAGAAAAAACUCUAAAUUUUAAAUAAAACUUUUCGAAGCAA